GUCUCUGAGAGACGAUACCCGGACUUUCCGAUUUUACUACAAGAUAGGAAUUGAAGCUAUACGCUUUUGACCUAUCAAGUUUUUGGCGCCGUUGCCGGGGACUGUCAUACCUUAUUUUUGUUGAUUUUUGUGAGUGAACUAUUUUGAUCUGGGUGUUAGUGUGCAGGUGAAUUUUUCAGGUUAAUCCUCCUCGUGCAUGCCAAGGAGGACGACUGGCAAUUUACUGCCACUAGAUCCCGAGAUCGAGAGGACCUGCCGACAGAACAGGAAGCAGGUCAAGUUAGGGAAGCAGCCUACCACAUCAACAACUCCUAGGUCUUCCCUAACUCAGAAUCGUCAACCGAGAAGGCAGGUGACACCACCUGUCAUCCCUACACCACCUACACCACCGUCGCGCGUCAUCGAGCCUGUCAUCAUGGCUGAACAGGAUCGUUCGAUCAGGGCUCGUCUGAAUCGGAGGACUGGAGCCCGAGCUUCAUGUGUUGUCAUUCCGGCUGGGGAUGCAAACAUGGAGAUUGCCCCAGCCUUCAUCAAUAUGAUCACGAAUGGGUACACCUUCUCAGGGACCAGCACCGAGGAUCCUCAUGAACAUCUCUGUCGGUUUGCAAACAUUUGUGACACAAUGAAGAGCCCGGUUGUGUCUGAUGAUGCCAUCCGUCUUCGGAUGUUCUCAUUUUCUCUGCUAGGGAAUGCAUCACACUGGUUCCAGAACUUGACACCCCGUUCCAUCACAACAUGGGGUCAGCUUGAGAAGACCUUUUUGGAUAAGUACUUUCCUCCUGCCAAGGCAAUGAAGAGGCAAGAGGAAAUUGUCACUUUUAAACAAGCUGAGGAUGAAAGUCUGACCGAGGCAUGGGAGCGCUAUAAGGAGCUUCUAAUGAGAUGCCCGAGCCACGGUCUUGAAGAUUGGAACGUGAUCUCCAUUUUCUUCAACGGAAUCAGAAGACAAUUCCGAGGUGCUCUGAAUAAUGCUUCCCGGAAUGGUUUCACAAGAAUGGAAGGACGAGAAGCAUAUGAACUGGUGGAGAAGAUAUGCUCUGAAGAUACUGAAUGGGGUAGUGAGACCGACAUUCGAAGGAGAGGAGGCUUGCAUGAGAUAGACAGAGUUGCAAGCUUAGAAGCAAAGAUUGAUGCUAAGCUGGAUUCCAAGUUCGAUGCACUCGAACGAAGGCUGGCUGAGUUGGCUCUUGGUAGACAGGAGGAGGUUGCUUAUUGCGAAUUAUGUGAAGGUGCUCAUCAUAGGGAUCUAUGUCCACUGGUGGCUGAUCAGAUGGAAGAUGUGCACUAUAUCAACAAUCAGAGAAAUCAAGGCCAGGGUGGUAUGUCUUCGAAAACCUACAACCCACAAUGGAGGAAGCAUCCUAACUUUUCCUGGGACAACAACAACCCAAAUGGUGCUCGCAACAUUCCACCUCCAGGCAUGCAGAAACAACAACCUCCACCUCAACCAGAGAAGAAACCACAACUUGAAGAAUUGCUUCUGGCUCACAUGCAGAAAACCGACAAUAAUCUGAAGGGCCUGGAUCAAUUUGUCACUCAACAGCCUGCCAUCAACAAUAAUUUACAAUCUUCUAUGCUAGCUAUGGAGAGGCAGAUGGGACAGAUGGCUCAAACUUUGGCAGAUAUGCAAGGCAGGAUUCCUGGGACAUUACCGGCUAAUACCGAGAGGAAUCCAAAGGAUGCCAUGGUUGUAGCAAUCACUUUGAGGAGUGUAUAGGCCUUGGAGGAUCUAGAGAGUCCAAGGAAGUCGACAAAAUCCGAAAAAGAAGGAGUUGUAGAGGUAGAGGAUGAAGAAAGUGCAAAAGCUGAA